CUGCAAAUCCAACUUCUGCUUCCAUGGCCUAAAUUCAAUUGAGCAAGAAAACUAGAGAGAAAAGGCUUAAUAGAGAGAGAUUUCUUGGUCCCCAAUUUUCAUUCUGAAGUGCAAAUCUACUUUCAGCUUCUAAUUUCGUAGUUUAAGUUUCUAAGAGAGGGGGCUGUGAGCUUUAUUAGAGUCUGAUCUAGCUUAUGCAUGGCUUGUUCAUCAUCAAAUAUAUGGAGGGUGACAACACUUGACUCUGGCUCAAAAAUUUCAAGCUACUUUAGCAACCCUGCCUCCAUGUUCCUCUUCUUUUCCACUACCAUUCCCAACAAACGGCGGCGUCUAAUCGCUUGUUCAUUAGAUCCCAUCUCCACUUCAUCACUAACAUCUCAGAAUGCUACUCACAAGAACAGAACAGACAAGAAAUCUGUUGAAAUUCAAAGAACCAAUGAUGAGACUUUCUCUGUUUUACACAGUGAUGAGCACAAACCAUAUGAGAAGAAGAUCAAGAACAGCAAGAAGGAUGAAGCUAAGAAUAAGGGGUUGAAAUCUGGUUCCAAAAAGCGACGACCUUUGUGGCAAAAGGCUUUUUUUGCAUCCAAGAAGAUGAGGAGUAUUCUGUUGCUCAAUGCAAUCACAAUUGUCUAUGCAAGUGACAUUCCAGUUAUUAAAGAAGUUGAAACUAUCAUGGACCCAGCAGCCUUCUCAGCGGUGCGGUUUAUCAUGUCAGCAAUUCCAUUUCUGCCAUUCGUGUUUCGAUCACGGGGUGAUGUUCAGAUCCGAAAUGCAGGGAUUGAGUUGGGGUUCUGGAUCAGUCUAGGCUACCUUCUUGAGGCACUUGGUUUACUUACAUCUGAUGCUGGCCGUGCAUCGUUUAUUUCCCUCUUCACAGUUAUUGUGGUACCUUUGCUUGAUGGCUUGUUUGGAUCAAUCAUACCUGCUAGAACCUGGUUCGGCCUUCUCAUGUCUGCUCUUGGGGUUGGUAUGCUGGAAUGCAGCGGAUCACCUCCAAAUGUUGGAGAUCUCUUCAACUUCUUGAGUGCAAUAUUUUUUGGAAUUCACAUGCUUCGAACUGAGCAUAUUUCAAGAAGCACAAAGAAGGAGAACUUCUUAGCAAUUCUUGGAUAUGAGGUCAGUGUUGUUGCUGUCUUAUCCACAAUCUGGGUUUUUAUUGGAGGGUGGUUUGAUGGUGCCCAAACUUCCAACCAAUUAACAUGGACGUGGACAGAGAUGUGGGAUUGGCUUGUUGCAUUUCCAUGGAUACCUGCACUUUAUACUGGUGCAUUUUCAACUGGGAUAUGCUUAUGGAUUGAGAUUGCAGCGAUGCGCGAUGUUUCAGCAACAGAAACAGCCAUAAUUUAUGGGCUGGAGCCACUGUGGGGAGCUGGAUUUGCAUGGUUUCUUCUUGGUGAAAGAUGGGGAGCACUUGGAUGGAUCGGUGCAGCUCUUGUGCUUGGUGGAAGCCUAGUGGUGCAGAUAUUUGGGUCCUCCACUUCUAAAGAAUUUAUAGUUUCUGAAGAGAGCAAGGAGAAAGGUGAUCUCCUAAGGGUUCCAGUUGACCAAAAAUUACAAAAUGGUCUCUCUACUUCUCCAUUAGUUGUCAGGUCCAAAAAGGAUCUAACAGAUUUUCUAUAGUGAUGCUCAUAAUGCUUGUUUUCGAGUUAAUUUUCUCCACUUGUACGUGUACAUAUAUACCUUGACAGUAGAUAAAAGCUGAGAAUGAUUUCGUCAGCAAAA